GGAUUUCCAUAUUUAUCCUUUAUAUAAAGCCUGAGCCGGAUAAUCAACUGAUAAUUUCGUUUUUCUUGGUUUUUCACUAUCUUUAAUUUAUUUCUUAAUUACUAUCUUUUUUUAAAAGAGCAUAUUAAAGUUAAGAAUGCAAUCACCAACAAAAACAGUGUUUACUGGCGUUAUAAGACCCGCUUAUGGUGCAAAAACCGUAUUGAAAGAAAAAUUUGUAGAAAUUUACGAGAGUUUUUUCAAGGGUAAUGAUCCAUCAAUUGGUCAACCAAAUUUUUGGAGUGAAUUAUUUUUACUUAAAGUUAAUGCAACAUAUUUAACGAAAUGCCUAUCCGAAAUUUCUCAGGAUAAAUUAUUGGCCAUCAAAAAUAAUAUUGGAAAAUUAUUUUUAAAAUCUAUUGAAGCUAUGAAAGAGGAAAAUACUCAGAGAAAGAUAAAUGCUAUGGAGACAUUAUGCGUACUUCUUCAAGGAAUAUUUUCCAAGAGGUUUAAUAAUUUUAGUUUUGAAGUUAUUAAUCUUUUGACUGGAUUAAAUAACGCUGAUACAGUUUUUCCGCAACUUGUUGACACCAUUAAAUAUUUAAUGAGACAUGGUGAAAUAAUAGAGGUCCAACAUGAAGCAUUACGAUUAGCUAUUGUGAUCGUAUGUGGAAACACUAAUAUCAAUCAAAAUAGUAUAAAUGAAUAUUUCAUAAAAAAUGAUAUUUUUGAUCCUUUAAUCCAGUUAAUAAUUUCCCCCAAAACAUCGCAUAUGGCUUAUGAAGCUAUUAUGUUACUGGAUAUCUUGGCAAAUUAUAACAAGCACGAGUCGAGGAACCCUUAUUUAACAAAACUGAUUGAUAUUAAGGGUGAAGCUGUAUUUGAGAAAAUCAUGGAAGUAUUAUCAUCGACAUGUAUAAAAUGUCAAGGACAAUAUAUUGAGAUACAGGAAGACGAUGAAGCAAACAAAUAUUUGAUUUCAACUGUUGUGUCAUAUGUUGGAUCUAUUUUACCUUGGUAUGGCAGUGGAACAAAGCAACAUUCAAAUGUAUCGGAUCCGGAAUUGGCAUUUGUUAGAUUACCAUCUGCAAAUGUUGCAAUUCUUUUAUCCUUUUAUGAUAUGGUGAAUAAUAAUAAACGAUUCGUUGAUUAUAUAACAAAAUCCAUUGCAAGAUUUUCGAUUCCUUCAAGACCUCAAUUUAAUGACAACCCUGCAACAACAACUGAAGAUAAUAAAAAAUCAGCCGAAAUUGGUCGAGACUGUCCAUAUUUUUGUGACUUUCUUUCACUUUCAUCAUAUCUCCUACAACACAAUCGUACUAACCGUACUGCGAGUUAUGCGAACCUGAUAUUACUAACAUUAGUGAUAUUAGUUGAAGACGCGUCAUUUAAUGAGAUUAUAUGUGAAGACGAAAGACAAUUUGUAGUGAGACUUUGCAGACAAAGACCACCUUUGUUACAAAACGCAAAGUUUCCUCGUCCAUUAGUUGGUGUUAUAUUAGAUGUUGUUAUUGGAUUCAUAAAUCAUAAUUUGAGGAGAAAAUUACAAACUGAUUUAUAUAGCAUGGCAUUAGGCGUUAUACAUCGAACAAUGUCAUAUCUUAAAAGGAAUCGUGUUAGAUUACCAUAUCAUUGGGCAGAAUUAUGGCACUCACUUAUUGGCUUAUUGAAAUUCAUACUUUCAAACAUAGAACACUUUCAACAAGAUCGAGCUUCAGUAAAUGAAGUUUUACUUUCUGCAAUAAAUAUUAUUAAUUUAAGUAUUACACAUGGUGACACUUUCUUUCCAGAUCCAAUUAGUUAUGAUAACUUUUUUUAUGAAAUCGUGAGAGCAAAAGAAACAUUUGAAGGAUUAAGCCGUAUAGUUAAUAAGACUAAGCCAGGGAGUCCAACCAAAUCUGCAUUUCAGAAGCCUGCAUCACCAUCAUCACAAUUUGAUGUUUUAUCAAAUAUUAAUACCAUAUGUACACAUUUCCAUUUAAAAAUUGAAACUUGGAAAUUAAAUAAUAGAGCGAGAACAAUAACUCCUGAACAGGUUUACUCAAUCAUAAGUUCGAAUUAUGAUACUUUAGAACUCAUCACGCCAGAAAAACUUGAUCAUUACACCCCCUAUAGUGAAAUACGACAUCAUGGUCCUUUAUUAAGACAAGUAUUAAGGGUGAUCGUUGAAGAUUUCAAAAAAAGGGAAAUUUGUUAAAAUUAAUAAAAAUUGAGUAAUAUUUAAGAUUAAUGAAGUUGAAUAGAUUUAAGAUUUACCAACAUAAAAAAAAAAAAAAAA